UGUUGUGGGAGCUCUAUUUAUAGUACAAGGAAAGGAAAAAGCACUUCUGGAGGCAGGAAAACCAACCAAGGAAAGAAUCAGAGGAAGUGCGGCUGCCAUUUUACCAAACAAUUUGGAAAGCAUUGAGCUUCGAAACUCACAAGUGUUGUCAUUGUUGCCAAGAAUAUGAACUGAGCACAAUUCCUUUGUUUGUCCUCCAGAAGUAUUCAAAAGGGCAGCUUGAACGAGAAGGAUAAUGGAAUGAAGAAAUCCUAAUUUAAUCAGUGUACUAAGUAGCAGAGCAGAAAAAAAUCUGGAGCAGAAAAAGAGGGUGCGCAGGUAGGUAAUGCACACACAGAGUUUUUUGAAGUGUCAUGGAGAAUGCAACUUAUAGUUAUUGAAUGGGGUCCUUCCUGCUUUUCGUUGUUGUGGUGAAAGUGUGGUCAUCUUUUUGACAAGGAUCAAAGGACAAUGGAGUCCAACACACUUGGAAAAGCUGCAACACUGGAUGAACUAUUAAAUACCUGCAUUAAAAUGUUUGAUGUCAAAGGAGAACUGAAUGGCAAUAAUUUGCCAAGAACUUUUCUUUUAAUGCAUCGAUGGUAUCUGUCAUCGACAGAAUUGGCAAAUAAACUUCUCUCCCUAUAUCCUUUCAGAGAGUUAUGUUGAUGAUUCUAAGAAUCAGUUUAUCUAAAAUACUUUCAAGGUAGAAUUUGAUGAUGAUAGUGAAGCCAUUUCACAAGCAUAAUUAAAAUCUUAAAACAAUUAUUUUUAUUUGGAGGAAGAUAAAUGAACUCUAAAUAUACUUCUGGUUGCAGUCUUCCAUUUUGCAGGCAGCUGGCAUUUCAUGUCAACUAUAAAUUUCAUUAAAGGCCCUUCUAUAUUAUUGAAAAAAGAAAAUAGCAAUGGUUAAUUCUUUUGGAACAGUGAUGAAACAAUUGUAUAAAACAUGGUAUAAAACUUCAUUUCUUCUGGAACUUCGGUGAACUUCUAUAGGUGUUCUUGUUUGUUGAAAUAAAAACACUACUAAGCCAUCAUAUACUGGUGCUAAACUGUAGCAGACUAGUAACAAUGUAUUGUAAUUUUUUUUGCUUUAAGCAAUGAAUUACCUGAGAUUGUGUCCACUUUCUUCAAAGUGAUCAUGGUGGAAAAUUAAGCUGUCAACUUCCGAAGUGCCAUAACUUGUAUAAGUUAUGUACCGGUAUAUCUUGUGAAUUGCAAAAUACAUAGAAAUAUAUAAUUCUUAGUAUUGUAUUGUGGUAUGCUAUUCCUAUUCAUAUUGUAUUCCAUUGAAUAUAGCUUUAAAUUUCUAUUUUAAUUGUAUUUGUAAUACAAUUUGUAUUUGUAAUAAUGUAAUAAAUUUUUACAUCCUGCCUUUCUAAUAUUGUGUGGGUAUUAUAUUUAAGAGGAGAAGCAUAAAAGAAAUGUUAAGUAUCAGAUUCAAUUACAAUUAAACUAUGCAGCUGUAGUACCUUAAUCAAAAUGCUCUGUUUAAGCAAAUUAAACCAUAGAAUUUUUUAAAAAAACCUCUUUAACUAAUUUACAUAUAGAAAUGCCAAUGGAGGAAACUGCAGUGAAAUCCGCUUAAAAAUCUGUUACUUUAUGAGGUACUGGAUUUUGGAAUUUCCUGCAGAAUUUAAUCUGGAUCUUGGUUUGGUUCAUCUGACUGAGGAGUUUCAAGAAUUAGCUUGCCAUCUAGGCUAUGAAGAACAUAUACACCUUAUUGACAUUUCUAGCAUACCCUCUUAUGAUUGGAUGAGAAGAAUCACACAAAGGAAAAAAACAUCCAAGAAAGGAAAAGCUUGUCUAUUGUUUGAUCACCUGGAGCCCAUUGAAUUAGCGGAGCAUCUCACUUUUUUGGAGUAUAAAUCUUUCAGAAGGAUCUCUUUUACAGAUUAUCAGAGCUACGUGAUCCAUGGUUGCCUGGAGAACAAUCCAACUCUAGAAAGAUCAAUUGCUUUAUUUAAUGGCAUCUCAAAGUGGGUCCAAUUGAUGGUUCUGAGCAAACCAACUCCUCAGCAAAGAGCAGAAGUUAUCACAAAAUUCAUCAACGUUGCACAGAAACUUCUUCAGCUUCAAAAUUUCAAUACCCUGAUGGCUGUUGUAGGAGGCCUAAGUCACAGUUCUAUUUCACGUCUGAAAGAAACUCAUUCUUAUCUUUCUUCAGAAGUUACCAAGGAUUGGGAUGAAAUGACUGAACUGGUCUCUUCCAAUGGAAACUACUGCAACUACCGCAAAACAUUUGCAGACUGUGUCAACUUCAAAAUCCCCAUUUUAGGAGUCCACUUGAAGGAUCUAAUAGCAGUUCAUGUAGUUUUUCCAGACUGGAUAAAUGAGGACAAAGUCAACCUUGUGAAAAUGCAGCAGCUUUCAGUCACUUUGAGUGAGCUGGUAGCCCUGCAGACAGCAUCCCACCAUCUUGAGCCAAAUAUGGAUUUAAUUAAUCUACUGACGCUUUCACUGGAUCUCUACCACACAGAAGAUGAUAUUUAUAAGCUUUCACUGGUGCUAGAACCUAGAACAUCUAAAUCACCUACCUCUCCAACGACCCCUACUAAGCCAGGAGUACCCCUGGAGUGGGCAUCUGGUGUAAUACCAAAGCCUGACCCAAGUAUUAUUAAUAAACAUAUCCAAAAGCUAGUUGAUUCUGUUUUUAAGAAUUAUGACCAUGACCAUGAUGGCUAUAUUUCACAAGAAGACUUUGAAAGUAUAGCAGCAAAUUUUCCUUUUCUGGACUCAUUCUGUGUAUUAGACAAAGAUCAGGAUGGUCUUAUCAGCAAAGGAGAAAUGAUGGCAUAUUUUCUAAGGGCUAAAUCACAGUUACAGUGUAAAAUGGGACCAGGUUUUAUACAUAACUUCCAAGAGAUGACCUAUCUUAAGCCAACUUUCUGUGAACAUUGUGCUGGAUUUCUCUGGGGUAUAAUCAAGCAAGGCUACAAAUGCAAAGAUUGUGGUGCCAACUGCCAUAAACAAUGCAGAGAUCUGCUAGUUCUAGCUUGUAGGAAAUUUGCCAGGGGGACUUCGCUGAACAGCGGUCACGGUUCUUUGCCCAAUAGCCCAUCACUCCCUGCAGUACAAGAUGAAGUAUUUAAAUUCCCCACUGUAAGCCCACAAAAUCAGGAUCUUGAUAGGAGAGCAAUCACCCUUGUAACCGGCUGCUCUCAGAAGAUUUCAGUUCAUCUCCAGCGGGUAACCACUAGUCAAGCUACUCAGACAGAACCACUGUGGAAUGAACCAGGUUGGGGCGAUUCAGGAUCACACACUUUCCCCAAAAUGAAAUCCAAGUUCCAUGGUAAAUCUGGAAAGAAUAAAGGUUUUGCAAAAUGGGAGAAUGAAAAGUCUAACAUUCCAGUCAACAGGGACACAACAGUGCGUGUGAUGGAUCAAAAUGGAACAGAAACUCUUCUAGAAAGACAAGAAGUCAAGGCUUGUUGAUCUGCUGCAGAAAAUCUGCUGUCAGAAGAUAGUUCAAGGAAAGUGUGCUAUUUUAUAAAUCGCCUGGAUAUGGCUGAACUUCAAACCAGUUACAUUCAUCAGAUUUUAUCAUUGCUGACAGUUGCUUAAUGACAAGAGUACACUAUUUAUUUUCUCACACCAGUAAUUUGAUCAAUCUUGCACUGAUGGAAAAGAAAGGAACAUUAUAACUGCAGAUCAUCCGCAAUUCUGUUGCCAACAUCAGAAUCCUGGCUUUGAAUCUAUCACUACUAAAACCAUCACUACCAAAAUCAUAUGGGCUUAUAGACGGGUCAAGUUACCAAAAUUCCUGGAUCCAAAUUUUGUCAACCUUCCACACUCUGAGGCAUUCCCCAUCAACUGAAAGCUGAUUUUCUAUCUGGAACUAAGAGCUCAGAUUCCCCGGUUGCUGCAUUCACAUAUUAGAGUCAUUAGGUUGAGGGUUUUCUUUAAAAAGUAUUAUUUCUCAACACAAGUAUGAAGCUAUCUAAUUUUUUUAUAUUCAAUUUGUGAUAAUCCACAACGUGUGCUUGCUACUUAAUUCACAGAACUGGAUGAAAUCAGAUUAUAUGCUUGCCAUACAAAGAUUGUGGAAUUCAGGUGGUGUAAUUUAGCCUAGCUUUCUUCAAUCUUAAUAUCUGCCAAGUGCAGUUCACAAUUCCCAUCGUCCCCAGCAUGGCUAAGAGCCAACUACACCCGGAAAGCACCAAGCUAAAGAAGUCUGAAAGAAGAAGAAAAAAUCGGUCUUUCACUGUUUCCUAGAAUGAUGUAAACAUGUAUUAUGUUUAAUUUCAUGGUUGUUGGAGCAGUUUUGUUGGUUUUCACAUCUUUUAGCAAACUGGAAAUAAACACUGGAUUUUAUAAAUAGCAAA